CCGACGGAACGCUCUCAAAAGCGCUGGGCCACAGCUGAGAACGGACGUGUGCGCGUGUGUCUGUGACAAAUAUUUUCCCUAAAACACAAAUUCUCCUAAUACAAUUGGAAAAUGUAAAGUAAAUAUAUUCCUAUGCUAUAACAGAUAAACACAAAUCAAAAACUUAAUCAACGCUUAAACUAAACCCCCAAACAAAACCAAAACAAGACGCGAGUGAAGUUAAUACUCUUUAGUUGCUAUUGCCCCACAAAAUGCUGCCAAACCACGCCUGAGCCUCAAUCUCAAUCUCAACCUGAACUAGGGCCAGAACCAGAACACAACUGUGAUCAUAGACAUAACAACGAUAGUGGUGCCGGAGGAAAGCCAUUGGAAACCAGGAGAACCAGCGUCACAGCCAAAGAUGAGGGAAUCCGGGGACACAGCCAGCAGCCUGCCAGACCGCAACUGAGCGAUUUAUAGAUCGCAGAUAAUACCGCGACCGGAAACCAAAAUCAAUUUCCCGGCAAUAGCAAUCGGCAGAGGAAAAGGGCAGGACAUCGGCCAACAUAGCAGCACAUUCGCCAAAAGGAGGCUGUAAUGACGACAAUUGACGCGAUGUAGCGCAGACUUAUGGUCGGCGAACGCGACAGGGACCGUGAGGCGGUACGCUGGGCAACGGGUGAAUCAACACCGCUUCAAACCAAUAAUGGAGUAUUACAAAUGGUCGGGCAAUUGCAAGGUGGACAGGCUGCUGGCCAGCAACAGCAACAGCAACAAGCGACUCAGCAACAGCAACACUCGAAGCAGCAGCAGCAGCAACAGCAGCAACUGCAAAUCAAGCAGCAUCAGCAGCAGCAACAGGACAUCCUGUAUCAGCAACAUAACGAGGCAAUUGCAAUUGCACGCGGACUGCAGGCUGCAACACCUGCCGACAUCGGCGAUAAUCAGCCGUACUACGAUACAAGCGGUAAUGUCGAUUGGGAGCGGGCGAUGGGAGCCGGUGGAGCUGGUGCAUAUGGUGGCAUCGGCAUCGGAUCUCUACCAGCAGCUGGCGGUGCUGCUUAUCACCUUGGGCCAGCUAAUCCCGCAGGCCUCGUUUCUCGUCACCUGGAUUACGCUGAUGGCGGCCACCUUGCUGGCCCAUCCGCCGGUCUUCCUGCUGGAGCUGUGGGAUCAGGAGCAGGAGCGGGAGCCGGUGCGGGAGCAUCAGUCACGGGAUCAGGAUCAGGAGUGGGGACAGGAACAGGAACUGGAGCCGGAUCUGGAUCGGGCAGUGGAGCAGCAGGCAAGGAAGUUCGCUACGCCCCUUUCCCAGUCGCAUCACCAACGCACUCGAUUCCCACAACCUCCCAGCAGAUCGUUGGCAGCGUUGGUGGCGGGGGCGUCGGUGGUGCCAGCAGUCAGUCGAUUUCGGGCGGUGCACCCACCCACAGCCAGAGCAACACCACCGGCGCCCUGCAGCGGACACAUUCCAGAUCCAUGUCCUCCAUACCGCCGCCCGAGCCGUUCAUGAUAGCCCAGUCGAAGGCGGUCAACAGCCGCGUGUCCAUCAACGUGGGCGGGGUGAGGCACGAGGUCCUGUGGAGGACGCUGGAGCGGCUGCCCCACACGCGGCUCGGGCGACUGAGGGAGUGCACCACCCACGAGGCCAUCGUGGAGCUGUGCGACGACUACUCGCUGGCGGACAACGAGUACUUCUUCGACCGACAUCCGAAGAGCUUCAGCUCCAUCCUGAACUUCUAUCGCACCGGCAAGCUGCACAUCGUCGACGAGAUGUGCGUGCUCGCGUUUAGUGAUGACCUGGAGUACUGGGGCGUCGACGAACUGUACCUGGAGUCCUGCUGCCAGCACAAGUACCACCAGCGCAAGGAGAACGUCCACGAGGAGAUGCGCAAGGAGGCCGAGUCCCUGCGGCAGCGCGACGAGGAGGAGUUCGGCGAAGGUAAAUGCGCCGAGUACCAAAAGUAUCUGUGGGAGCUCCUCGAGAAGCCCAACACUAGUUUCGCCGCCCGGGUUAUCGCAGUGAUAUCCAUACUAUUCAUAGUCCUGUCUACCAUAGCCCUGACGUUGAACACCCUACCACAACUACAACACAUUGACAACGGUACACCACAGGAUAAUCCGCAAUUGGCAAUGGUUGAGGCCGUGUGUAUCACGUGGUUCACUCUAGAGUACAUACUUAGGUUUAGCGCCUCGCCGGACAAGUGGAAGUUCUUUAAGGGCGGCCUUAACAUAAUCGAUCUAUUGGCAAUACUCCCAUACUUUGUUUCGUUAUUUCUAUUGGAAACGAAUAAGAAUGCAACGGACCAGUUCCAGGAUGUGCGUCGGGUGGUGCAGGUCUUUCGCAUCAUGCGCAUCCUGCGAAUCCUUAAGCUGGCCCGUCACUCAACGGGCCUGCAGUCGUUAGGCUUUACGCUGCGUAACUCAUAUAAGGAACUCGGUCUACUAAUGCUGUUCCUGGCCAUGGGCGUUCUCAUAUUUUCUUCGCUGGCAUAUUUUGCCGAAAAGGAUGAAAAGGAUACAAAAUUCGUUUCAAUACCGGAAACAUUUUGGUGGGCGGGUAUUACAAUGACAACUGUUGGCUACGGGGACAUCUAUCCCACAACUGCACUGGGAAAGGUUAUUGGUACUGUGUGUUGCAUAUGCGGUGUUCUGGUAAUCGCUUUGCCUAUUCCCAUCAUCGUUAACAAUUUUGCUGAAUUUUAUAAGAAUCAGAUGCGCCGCGAAAAGGCCCUCAAGCGUCGCGAGGCACUCGAUCGUGCCAAGCGCGAGGGCAGCAUUGUCUCCUUCCAUCAUAUCAAUCUGAAAGAUGCCUUCGCCAAGUCCAUGGAUCUCAUCGAUGUGAUUGUCGACACAGAAAAGCGCGAGAGUCACACACGAUCACUCAAAAAUUGGCACCGUUUAACCCACGCGCUCCGCCGAUCGCCCACAGGCCACAAUCUCUCGCAAACGGACGGCAACAGCACGGAAGGCGAGUCCACCAGCGGACGCAAUCCGGCCACCACCGGAACCGGAUGCUAUAAGAAUUUCGACCACGUAGCCAACUUGCGCAACUCCAACCUGCACAACCGACGCGGAUCCAGCUCUGAGCAGGAUGCAGUGCCGCCCUACAGCUUCGACAAUCCCAAUGCCCGCCAGACCUCGAUGAUGGCCAUGGAGAGCUAUCGGCGCGAGCAGCAGGCUCUGCUGCUGCAGCAGCAACAGCAACAGCAGCAGCAACAGAUGUUGCAGAUGCAACAGAUUCAGCAAAAGGCCCCGAACGGAAAUGGAGGAGCAAUCGGAGGAGGAGGAGUGGCCAACAACCUGGCCAUGGUGGCCGCAUCCAGUGCGGCAACAGCCGUGGCCACCGCCACCAAUGCCAGUAAUGCCAUCAAUACCGCCCCCGGGUCAGAGGGCGCCGAGGGAGGCGGUGAUGGAGAAGGGGGCGGAGUCGAUGACGACAACUUGUCCCAGGCCAAGGGACUGCCCAUCCAGAUGAUGAUCACGCCCGGGGAAGUGGCCGAGCUGCGGCGCCAGGUGGCCCUGGAGAACCUGCAGAACCAGCGGAUGGACAACCUGGAGCAGGACGUGCCCGUGGAAUUCGAGUGCUGUUUCUGCACGACCAAGGACUUCAAGGAAUUCACCGACGCGGAGGGCGUGAUCUCGCUGCCCACCUCCGACUUCCACAAGCCGAUCUGUCUGGAGAUGCGACUGGCGGCAGCGGGUCGUCAAGCAGGAGCCUAUGGGCUCCUCUCACCACUACCAGCCCCUCUUCCGCCGCUCCAUGGUCCGCUCCUGGCCCUACCCCCGCCACCCCCAUUGCCACCAACGUCCUGCGCCGCCGUCCUUUUGCCCGCCAUCUCGCAGUCCUCGUCCACAUCGUCGUCCUAUGGCACCACCACGUCCACCACCAUCGCGCUGCCCCUGGAUGUGUCCCUCAGAUACGGGUCCACCAUCUGCAGUUCGUCCAACUUUAACCAUAACUACAACAACAACUUCAACACCACCACAGUGGGCGGUGGUGGCAAUGGGACGCUCCUUUACGGUGGCAAUUACAACGGGAGCAAUAACAACAAUGCCGACCUGGCCAGCGUGGAUAGCUCGGACACCUAUGCCAGCUGCCAGACGCAUCCCUUCCUGUCCCAAGGAGACCUCACGGCCGACUUCAAUGACGAGGCCUGCGCCCUGGAUAUUGACAUGGAUAACCUGUACAUAAAUCCCCUGGAAAGGGAGCAGCACCAGGGCAUUAGCAGCUCCACAGGCUUCAUUGUGGGCCUGCCAAGCACCAAUUCAUCGGGUGGGCUGCGUGCCCAAGUGAAGAAGAGCGCCUCGGGCGAUACGGCCCUCAGGAACUUGGCCGCCGGAGGCGUAGGAGCUGGCGGUCUGAGUCCCCUGGACGACGUCUACCAGAGCUUUGAUGUCCAGGAGCGGGGAAGUCGGGUCAGCUUGAACGAGAACUCAGUGCCAAAGCAUCGUAAGACGCGGUUCCAGCAGAGCUUCACCGCCAUGCGACCAAGUGGAGCGACCGGAGGCCUUGGAAGUAGUGUCCUGGGGGGCAUGCGACCUCGCGCCCGCUUCGAGGACACCAAGCUGGACGACGAGACGGGCGGUCGGAGGGAUGGAGAACUGGCCGGAAAUUCCGGUAGCCCAGCGGCCAGCGGAUCCGGAGGAUUCAGCGGUCAAGGACCCAAGAAGAAGCGCUCGGUAUUCAUGCCGGGCAAGAGCUUAGUCACUGCCACCAAACUGAUCAACCAGCAUUUGUUUGGCAUACAGAAUGUGGGCGCCAAAGCCAAGUUCGAGAGCAAGCAUUCCUCAUCGAUAGACUCGAUUGACGCCUCGCCCAAUCUGGAGCACCACCGGCGCUCGAAGUCGAUCCUGAAAAACAAGUCUGAUAUCUCGCGCGUCCUGUCCGAUCCGGAGAGCGAGCGUCUCCUGGCGGACAACAUGUCCGGCUCCGGCGUCUCCGACAACGGCACCGUUAUGGGCGAAUCCGGCAGCGAUUACUCACCGAAUAAAUUACCUCAUUCAGUUUUAGCUAAGUCUAUAUCCCCACCACCCCUCAGGCACCGCACCCUAAUGCACCAGCGCUCAGGACCAGCGACCUUGCAAUCGAAGCCCACGAAGUUCCAGACCCCACGCUAUCCCGAGGAGCAGGCGCUGCGCCAGGUGAAGCCGCUGCUUUCGCGAGGAACUCCUUCCACAUCCGCAUCCGCAGGUUCGGCGGAUGGCCAGCAGACCAGGGACAGCAGUCUGGACUCGGAGACGACCUUCACAUCGCCCGUGAGCCAUCGAGCUGGCGAGGAUCCCCCGACAGCUCCUCCGAGCCAAGCUGCAGUGGCUCCUGGCCAGGAGGAUCGUGAGGAGGAGGGAGAACCAGAAGCCAACGAUGAGCAGAGGGCCCUUCUCCAAGGAGCCGACGCCGAGGAGGCGAAGAGGGCGGGGAACGAGGGCACGUAGCAAUUAGGGACCCACACACAAAAAGUUACCAAGAAAAUGUAAAAAAGAUAACCUUUUCCAAGGGAAACCCUCACACUACACAACACACACACACACAAAGCAUACAAAGGGAAAACUCAAAGUGAUAGCAAAGUUAGCAAACAUGGAAUGUGAAUUAUAUAAAAGCAAUGAACAGUAUCCUAGUCUAGAGAUGGUGGGACGAUCCCUAGCAGAUCCCCGGAAUUCGAUCUGCGUAUUUUUACAACUAGAGAAGAGAAGGAGAAACCCGAACUGCAAUGUAGGUGAUUCGGAGCUGCGCAAGUCGUACAAACAGCAAAACAGCAAAAUAUUAUUAAUACCAUACGAUAGGUCGAGUAACUCUAAACGUAAAGAUACGGUGUAUAUAAUGCAGAGCCCAAUCCACUCGUGUACAGAGCAACCUUUAUUUACCGCCUUCAGGACACAGCUAACCGAAAGUAUAUAGACGAAGUCACCAAAAAAGCCUAAAUAGCAACAAAUGAAACGGAAAUAUUCAUAUUUUGAAUGCAACUUAUAAGUAUAUACAAUAUAGGAUAUACACGCAUCGCAAUCGCAGCUCGCAUAUUUACACAAUAUAUAUACAAACUAAGCGAUAUAUAAAUAUAGCCCCAACUAUUUUUCAAACCGCGCUCUAAUCCCCGCAGAUCGGAGGCUUGAGGAGUUACAGACGAGGAGGUGAUGCGACACCCCACCCCAGCCCAUCCCAUUAGAUCCCAAUUAGAAUCGCAUGGCCAUGCAUAUAUCUGUAUGUAAAUCGUUCGUUCGCGUAUCGUUCAAAUUCAUAAUGUCAAAAGUAGUUGAAAAUCGUUGGUUCGUUUCUAUAUCUAUAAGUACUUGUGCGUGUGUGUAGGGCUUAGGGCUUAUCGAUAGAGCUUGGCUUGGCUUAGUCCCCUGAUAUAAUCUGAGUUGCCACCUAUGAAGUAGAGAUUGAGGUUGGUUGGGAAAAUGCAAUAUAGCUUGGAUGUAGAUGUUGUUAUUUGUUAUGUGGGUAUGAUAAUGCCAUUCGAGGGCAGCCUGCUUGCGGUGCCAUUUAGGUGGCCCAUCUAUCGGAACCCACGGGAUCGCAUUGUAGCAACCCACAUACUGUUAGUUAGUUAUGAAGCGUGUGAGUGUUAUGUAUGUUAGUUAGUUGAGUUAGUUAGAUAGUUGAGUCGAUGUUUAGUUCACUAGUCCGUUCUCCGAAUACGUAAGCAAUAAAAUUGGAAAUCCUCGCCAAGGGACUUUCCCCGUUCGAGGAGCGUGUUAGUCAAUUAUUGCAACCCAAGUUGUUUUACCACAUUCCAUUCAGUGUAUGCGUGCGAGAGUGUUUCGGCUUAGGUGUUCUAGUAUACCGAUUUGGCAGGUUUCCAUAUCCUCCAUGGGUCAUCCCAACCGAUCUGUCCAACUGGCUUGCGUUUGUCCUGUUUAGUUGCCUCUGCUCGGCCAGCGAUGAGCCAGGAUGCGAGUUAGCCUCUUAGAAACAUAUCAGUAAAGGGAAUACGAACUCACUCACUCACACACCCACUCACCCACACCUAACACCUCUCACAGAUACACACGCCCACACCCAAAGCCACGAACAAAUACCACACUGUAAGAAAACGACACAAAUUUUAUUACGAGACGAUAAUAAAAUGUCUCAACGUCCGCUUUUCGAAUUGAUAAGAACACAAGCAAAGAACAAAAGAACUAAGCAAAAAAGAGAAAACCAAUGCAAACACCUUAUUCGAUAACUAAUGUUAAAGCCAAGAACUCGAGGUAAUAUAGUUAAACAUUUUUAGAAAUAUGUGUACGUAUUAACAAAUGCUUGAGGCAUCCAAAAAUUUUGUAAGCAAUUCAUUUAGGAUUAUCUACACGGUUUUUUGGUGAGCACCGGCCACAUUCCGCCACUGCAUAAUAUUAAUUGUAACUUUUGUAAAUAUUUAUUUCAUAUACAAGACCCUAAAUCGAAGUUUCUGUUAUAUUAUUUUGUAAAACAUUUACGCCAGCAGCAAACGAAUUGAACUUGAAUUCAAACUAACGAGAUAUACUAAGUAAAUGACGAGCAGAGCAAAUACACUUGCAAAAACAACAUGUUAUUAAUAUUUAAAUUAUUUACCUAACGAUACAUACAUUUUAAUGUAGUCUGAUGGCGACGACGAUUGUAAAUCAGCUAAAUUGAAUAACGGAAAUCGUUGACAAGCAUACAAAUUUAUUAAAGCGUAUUUAAAUCUAUAUGAGCGAAAAGUCAUGAAAAUAUAUAAAUCAUUGAGUAACA